AUGGGCAAAGCUUGUGGCACGCUUAUUGCAAGUGAGCUUGAGUUGAGCUUUUGGGGCGGCGUUAAUCCUCAAACUGGCGAGAUCAUUGAUCGUCAUCAUGCAUUCAGUGGCUAUCAUCUUCAGGACACUGUUCUUGCCAUUCCAGGGGGCCGAGGUUCGUGUUCUGGCAGUGGCGUGAUCCUAGAACUUUUAUUGAACAACAAGGGCCCAAGCGCGAUUAUCCUUGGGCGACGGGACGAUAUCCUUAUCCUUGGAGUCAUGGUGGCUGAGGAGAUGUUUGGAAAGUCGAUUCCAAUCAUCACAUUGAACUCAGAAGACUUUCAAAAAGCUUUGAAACUAGGAGGCCGAAAAAUCUAUGUCGAAGGUGGGCAUGUCUCUGAACGGGCACUGAAUACCAAACUUGACAGUCAUUGGCAAAAAGUGAGGAAAGUCUUUGCGCAAACGAUUGAGCUCUCGGAAAUUGACAGAGCGUUUCUCGAAGGAGCUCAUGGAGAGGCUGCCCGCAUUGCUAUCCGAAUCAUUUUGAGAAUGGCAGAGCUGCAAGGAGCAAAUGGAUUGAUGGAUGUUACUCAAGUUCAUGUAGACGGUUGCGUCUUUACAGGACCAGGGUCUCUCCUUUUCGCAGAGAGACUCCGCGACUUGGGAGGAAAGGUCCGGGUUCCUACAUCUCUCAACUCUGUAUCCAUUGAUCUGAAGCGUUGGGCCUUGCAAGGGGUUGAAACUGCCUUUGGGGAAGCCGCUGCAAAAUUAGCCAACGCAUAUUGUGAUAUGGGAUGCCUGCCGACCUUUACGUGUGCGCCCUACCAGCUUCAAAGCGCCCCAAAACGUGGCGAGCAGGUGGCGUGGGCGGAGUCAAAUGCUGUUGUUUAUGCCAAUAGUGUGCUUGGUGCCAAAACCAUGAAAUAUCCGGAUUUUCUGGAUAUCUUUAUUGCCCUGACUGGCCGUGUACCCAGAGGCGGGCCACACAUUGAAAUCAACAGGAUGGCAUCGCUUGUCGUGAGGGUUCCCAGAACGCAAAUCGCCGAUAAUGUCGAUGAUUCAUUCUUCCCUAUCCUUGGUUAUUUUGUUGGGAGUGUUGCUUCGGACAAGAUUCCAGUGGUUGUGGGAAUAGAAUCCCUUGCACCCUCCAAGGACGACUUGAAGGCUUUUGGAGCAGCAUUCGCCACCAUGUCCAGCGCACCAAUGUUCCAUAUUGUGGGAAUUACCCCAGAAGCUUCUGUUCUUGAUGCAGUAUUGGACAAGGGACCCCAUGUGCGUUUUAUUGAUGUGCAAAUAGAGCAACUGGUCGAUUGCUGGUACAAGCUGAACACCGCACCAAAACAUUUGCCAGUUGAUUUAAUUUCAUUUGGAAAUCCGCACUUCUCCUUUACCGAGAUUAAAAAACUUGCUCAGUUGUGCCGAGGUCGAGUAAAGUCUGAAAAUAUCAAGGUUGUGGUGACAUGUGGACGAUCAUCUUACGGCCUGGCCCGUCAAGCCGGAUUCAUCGAAGAAUUGGAGAGUUUCGGUGUCGAAUUUAUGACCGAUACUUGCUGGUGUAUGAUCGCAGAGCCAAUCAUACAGGCAUCUACGAGCGCAAUUAUGACAAACUCUGGAAAAUAUGCUCAUUAUGGACCUGGCCUCACGGGAAGGAGAUUCUUUUUUCGAAGUCUCGCCAUAUGUGUGGAGACAGCCUGCUGUAGUAAAGAUGUAGGGGGGAUGCCCCAGUGGUUGCUGAACGCCACUUGA